CUAGACUCUCUGAUUGACUACUACAUGAUCCUCAACCACCAAGACUGUCAUUUAAUUAUACAUAGAUCAUUCCAUCACUAUUAAUAGUCGUAUCUCAACCUCCAAUUCGUCAAAUUAAAGAUUACCAAUGAUAAGAAUUUGAGAUGUCUCCUCUCCUCCAUUCUCCUUAAUAAUAUCCUAAUUCAAGACUUUUUGCUUAGUCUUUUCCCCCUAAAUUAAACAAUAAAAUAUAAUUUAUAUAUUUAAUUAUUAAUUGCAAAGGUAAUUAAUUUCGUAUUCGAUAAUACCGAUUGGGAUACCGAAGUACCGAUUCGGAUACCGAAAUAUUUAGGGAUUGGGAUGCAGAUACCGAAAUAAUUUAGGAAUUGGAAUUGAUAUUGAAUUUAGGAUGUAAUUCGGUAUUUGGUAUUGGGAUACCGAUUUCCACCUCUAGUUACAAGUAGGGGUGGUAGUUCGGUUGUCGGUUAGCGGCUAACCAGUUGGUUCAACCGAAAUCGCCGGUUAGCGGCUAACCAAAAACCGAUGGGAAAUAAGGGUCGGUCGGUGUUCAGAGGGGGAGGGAUUGACCGCGGUUAGCCGAGUAACUAGAGGGAGUUAACCGCGGUUAUCCGAGUAACCAGAGCAAACCGACCUCCAUCCGAAAAUCCAAUUUCCCCCAACCAACCUGACUCCUCCUUUUCCCAAUCUCAUAGAAAAACCCUAAUUCCCAAAAUCAAAAACCUUCCCUUCCCUUCCAUUCACCACGCGCCGCGCCUCUCCUCUCCAGAAUGCCCUCCUCUUCCGAGACCAGAUCGUCGGCCUUCGUCGCCUCCGCUCUUCCACUUCACCACCAUCGUCGCCUCUGCCUCAGGCAACGAUUCGUCCAUCUCCGGCCUUGCUCUUCCCGCCGAUCGCCGCCGCUGCUGCUCCUCGUCGUCGUUCAUAGAGGUAGAGAGAGGAGAGAGGAAGAAGAAGGGGUUUGGAGGAUAGCAGUGGGCAGUGGCAGAGAGGGGAGAGGAGAAGGCUGGUUUUGCUUUUAUUAUUCUUGCCUUCUUGGGGGAAAAGGGAGGAGAGAAGAAGAAGAAUAUAAGGAAGGUGUGGUUGUGGGAGGAGAGCAGAAAAGAGAAGAAGAAGAUAAGGGAGGAAGAAGAUAACGUGGGUUGGUGGGUGGUUCUUCUCCUUCUUUCUUUUAAAUUUUUUAUUGCUGGUGACAACUGACAAGAGAGCAGAGAACGUGGGUCGGUGGGUGGGGUUGGUUUUUUUUUUUCUUUCUCUCAAUAAAUUCGGUUAAUUGCGGAUAACCGAACCAAAACUGAAAACCGGUUGGUCGGUGCUCGGCUAACCGUGACAUCAUUCGCCGUCGGUGGUCGGCAUGCAUAAGGAACAGCUCGGUUUAACCGAUAAUCGGAAAAUCGGUUUUCGGUUAAACCGAAACCGACCGACUGACACCCCUAGUUUACACAUAAUAUAAUACACCGAAGGGAAAAACGGGAGCCCCAUUUCAAAUUUCAUGCAACGAGAGUGAAAGUAGGAAGGACAUUUUGGUCUUCACGCUUACUUUUUUUAAUUCAUUCAAAAGACACAUAGUGGGAUUUGAACCAUGACAAUUUUAAGGAAAAGUAAGGAUCAUAACCAAUCACACUAAGUACAUUUGUUGCAUCUUUUUAAAUUAAAAAGAUAUAAUAGCAGAGAGGAAAAAACCCUUCCCCUAUUUCAAAUUUCCUGCUCCACGAGCGUUUGUAGGAAUGAUAGAAUAGGGAGUGUCAAUUUUUUCCUCUUUCCUCUGUGGAACAGGCCAACUUACCGUACACAUGCGGAUUUAAAUGGGUUCAAGAGUGUCAAUUUUUUCAUUAAGCCCUUUUAUUUCUCCGUGGUGAUAAAAUAUAUAUGAAGAGGCAAAAACAAUACUUCUUUUUAUUGCUAAAAAUAAAAAAUUUAACAAUAAACUAAUGCAUGGUAUCUAAUGGGCUAACCGCUAACCAUAAAAUAAAAGAGUUGAAUUGGUUUGACCUACACGGGAUUUGGCCAUCAAGUAAAACAAAUGAACAUCAUUGGUUUGACAUUCUAAAACAAGCUAUUUUCUCUGGCAUAAUAUAUUAUGCUAUUAUUUUAUAUCUUAGUGGCUAAAAUAUAAUGUAUUUUAAAGUUAUUCAAUGGUUCAACCUCGACCAACCCAAUUAGUCCAAUUUUUAUCAUUUCAAAUAUAUAUUAUAUAAUUAUUUGAUAUCAUAAUGAUCAAAUCAUAGUGUAUUUUAUAGGGAAUCGUUUGGUAUUUGUUAGUAAAAAACUAAACAGAAAGAUCUAUUUGGUUAUUUUAAACAUUAAAACGAUCCUAACAUUUUCAGUUCCUUUUGAAUUUCUAUGGUUUUAUUCCCGAAUAAGUGAUGUGCAAAUGGCAGUCAUCUCUUUUCUUUCACUUUUUUUUAUUUUCAAAUAAAAAGUUUAAAAGUAAAGAAUAAUUAGAAUUUGGCAUGGGUCGGUCAAACAGGCUGCAUUUCAAGUUUUGGCCCCUUUUGAUCAAGUCUAAUUUAUAAUCACAUGGUUCUCUGAUACCCGAUAAAAAUCUCAAUCCAAACCAGUUUGGCAGGUGAGUCCGUGUUUACCACCAUUUUCUAGGGAUACGACAACGACGGUUCCUAUCCCAAAUCGUGUUGUUCAUUCUUUAUUUCCUUAGAUUUUAUCAUAGCCUGGAAAAAAACCAGAAAGCACAAUGACGACAAGAUGAAAGUUUUAUAAACCAAAUUAAUCGGCUAACAGGCCGAGUAAAAGCUAGCAACGAUUGUGAGAUGCUCAUUUCCCGAAAACCGACGGGAUAGGCGAUUUUUUAUUCGAAUUUCUGGAAUUCAGUUUCUAUAAAACUUACUCCACCUCAUCAUAUUACCAGAAACAAUAUUGUUUCACAAGGUAACAGGUACUUGAUUUUGGUUCAUAAGGCCGAUUUUUGAUUUGUUGCAUCAUUAAUGUCUCUUUCCUGCUAAAAUUCACUAUUUUUAUCACGUGUUUCCCAAAAAAAACUAUACAACAAUAAGUUAUACACCCCAUUACAUUAUCAUAUUUCAUACCUCACCUUCCUCUAGGGAUGAAAACAAAAUCCGAACCCACGGGUACCCACCCUACCCAACUCGGUCAACGCGGGUAAAAUCCGUGUUGUCGGGUUUUGGGCCGGGUUUGGGUUUAAACCCGUUCAAUAUUCAUCGGGUUGGGUUUGGGUUUAGGUAAACCCGACCCAUGGGUACCCGCCACACCCAUAUAAUUAAUUUUCUCGAUAUAUUUAAUAUUCUAAACAACUUAUCUUAUUUAUGUUUGUGGAGACAUGUCUAAUUUUUUCUUUCUAAUUGUGUAGAAUGAAGUUGAUGUUAUCGAGUGGAGAGUGAAGAAACUUAAUUGAAAGGAAGAAGCUUUCAAUUAAUCAUGUUAUUUAUGGAUAAUUGAGUUGGGUUUGAGUUUUUCAAACCCAGUGGAUUUUACCCCGAAUUUUUUUCACGAAUAAACCCAUAAAUUUGGAUUUGAAUUUGGCAAAACCCGACCCAUUGCCAUCCUACCUUCCUCCGGCCAAAUGGCCGGGGCCCACACUAGUUACAAGUUAGUAAACGAGGAUAAUAUUAGGUUGCUUGUACUCUUUUUCUUAGCACUAUGCUAAUGUAAUUCUUGCCAAUAGAAAUAUUUGGUGAUUUUCAAAGAAAUGACCACAAUUAUAAAAGGGAUCGUUUGUCAUUAUAAAAAAGAAUUAUGGACACAUGCUUGUGGAUCUUUUUGUAAUUUGUAAACAUGUAGGUAUCAAAUGUAAGACAUAAUAUUUUACGGUAAUAAAAUAUAAUUUUUUAUCAAUAUUUUUUAUGAAAAAGAAUUAGGUACUAAAUAUCAAUAUAUAGGACUUCGCUAUAGUGACUUGUAAGUCACCAUGACUUGAACAAAACGGUCGACCUGUUCACUGAUAUGGUCGAUCUAUUUUGACAAAAUAGUCGACAUCUUUUCUGGAAUGGUCAACCAGAUGUACUAUUUUUCAUUUUGCUGUGUUCAACAAACGGUCGACCUCUUCCACUAAAUGGCCGACCACUUUACAAGAAAACGAUCGACCACUUUCUUCAAGUGGUCUACCUCUUUCACGAACCGGUCCACCGCUUUCAAUAACUGGUCGACCUAAUGAACCAUUGUUAGUGAUAUAAUAAUAAAUAAUUAGAGUCCAAUAACAAUAGAUAUGCUUGCUAGUGUAAGAGAUUUAAAUUUGUACAAAGACUGCAAGCAUAGAUGACAAGUUUCUCGAGUGAUUGUUCUCCCGUAGAUUUGAAAAACGUUAUGCAUAUUUAUUUCUUAAAAUUGAAGUAUUUAAUCAAUUUGUGUGUUGUAAUUUGAUGUAUUGAUGAAAUGUAUGAAUUUGAAAAAUAUAUUGUUUGGAGGUUUACAUUGUGCUUUGUUAUAAAUGAAAAAAUAGAGGGUAGACAAUCCCUUAAUCAUAAUCUCACCUUUUGGUAGAUAUUGAUAAUCACUCAUUUUGAGUGAUUGUUGGUGGACCCAAAAAAAGGUAAUACAUGUAUUCUGUCACAAAUUUAACAACAACAAAAAAGACUUAAUCUCGACAUUACAUGCAAUGACUAAAUACAUCGCUUGAAAUCAC